UUUAAUGCUUCCAUCAUGUCACCUCACGGUGGAGUGAUUCACAAGCGCUGGUCCGUUCGAACGGAUCAUUUAAAAGAACCGGUUCAAAAGAACGAUUCGUUCACGAAUCAGAUAUUACCACGGCUGAAUGUACGGCUCAGAAAACAGCAACAGUAGUUAAUUGAGACGGAUUGCCGUUCAGACUGGUUUUUACUCCACACAACUGCUUCAUCCAGCAUCUCUCCGAUCACUAUUCUCCAACGAGCUUUAAACGGAUAAAUGCUAAAGCUAAAAAGGCAUGGAAACGCGGAACGGCAAAUCCACUAUUCACACACUUUUUGUGCAUUUAUUUCCAUUGAUAAGUAACUAGGAUCUUUUCAAUUUGCAGCGCGGGGCUCAAAUCAUUUUCUGGAAGAUGCGCAUGUAAGAGUAGUCGGAUUGUCCGAUUCACAGACGACUCUGUCAGAGAAUUAUCAGUUUUAAGUAGACUGUAGUUUGUAAGCAUGAGUGUGCAGUGGAUUCAUAAUCCGGUACAACACGGACACAAGCGCUUUGACUCGGACGAGCCAGUGGCCAAAUGUCCCCGGCUCAGCGAGUCUUCGGCUGAUGCGGGUCUCUUGGGUUCCUCGCCGGGAUCUCCGGUCAGCGGAGCGCCUCUGAGCGUCACUCCAAACCACCAGGGUCCCGCUCGCAUCGGCCAGUUCCUGCUGGUGCCCCUGACCGAUCGACCGGGGGUGCACAGCGCUUUAGACAUGGACACAGGAGAGGAGCUGGUCUGCAAGGUGUUUGAUAUGGGCCAGUACCAGGAGAAGAUAAGAGCCUACAGCAUGCUAUCAAAGCACAAGAACAUUGCACAGAUCAAAGACAUAGUUCUUGGGGAGCACAAAGCUUAUGUGUUCCAGGAGAAGGAUUUUGGUGACAUGCAUACCUUUGUAAAGAGCAGCAAGAGGCUCCCUGAAGACCUGGCCUCCAAGCUUUUCUACCAGGUGGCAUCUGCAGUGAACCACUGCCAUCGAGUUGGCAUCGUUUUGGGGGACCUCAAGCUUCGCAAGUUUGUGUUUCCAAAUGAGAAAAGGAGCCAACUGAAGUUAGAGGGUCUUGAGGACUGCCAUAUUCUUUCUGGAGAUGAUGACUCGAUGUUUGACACACAUGGCUGUCCAGCGUACGUGAGUCCUGAGGUCUUGAAUGGUGGAUGGAGCUACUCAGGCAAGCAGGCGGAUGCGUGGAGCCUCGGAGUUAUGCUGUACACAAUGCUGGUGGGCCGCUACCCUUUCCACGACCCAGACCCCGCUACCCUGUUCUCUAAGAUCCGCCGGGGCACAUACUGCCUCCCUGAGGGGCUGUCUUUAACGGCACGCUGUCUACUUCGCAGUCUGCUCAGAAAGGACCCCAGCGAAAGACUCACCGCUGCAGAGGUGCUCAUUCACCCAUGGUUCCAUGGCAAUAUACAGGACACAGGAAAUGCAGGAAACGAAGUCAACCUCAGAGAACAGACAGUGCCCCAGAUAGAAGUAGGGCAGGACGAGGAUCUUUUCUCCUGAGAAAACCAAUAUAGCUUGAAUAUGGACCAUCACUGUUCAACAUUCUCUUUGUGUUUUGUUUUCUGUUCUGUUUCCAAUACAUUCUGUAUAGAUAAAGAAGUAUACACUCAGUGAAAACUAGUGAAAGACUGAUAUAUCAGCCAGGCCGACUAAUCGUUAUUUUGCCAUUUUGAGAUUAUCAGCAUCGGCCAAUAACUUUGUCCAUUUGGAAGCAAUGGUUUCAAAAUUCAAUUUGAGGUAUGACUGCAUGUUAUUUAUUUUGUAGAACAAAAUGUUAAAGUCUCUUCAAGUAAUGUCAAGGGGUUAGUUCACCCAAAAAUGAAAAUUCUGUCGUCAUUUACAGACCCUCAUAUUGUUCUAAACCUGUAUGACUUUCAGCCUCAGUCACCAUUCCACUUCAUUGUAUUGAACAAAUAUGCAAUGAAAGUGAAUGGCUGUCAUUCUCCUUUUGCGUUCCACGGAAGAAAGAAAGUCAUGAGGGUGAGUUAAUGACAACAAACUUUUCAUUAUUGUGUGAACUAUCCAUUUAACCACAGACCCAAAUAGACUAGACCACUAUUCUAAAAACCCAUUAGACAUUCCCAAGCAAACCCAUGGCGAAUUAGCUUUCUGUGUUGACAAAAAUUCUCUAUUCAUCGUUUUUGUGUUCAUCUAUUUUAUUACCAUUAAAUUACAACGUGUAUAUUGGCAUUAUAUUGGCUAUUGGCCAACCUGCUCUCUAUAUAUCGGUAUCUGCCAUUGAAAAAAUCCAUAUCGGUCGACCACUAGUGAAUUCUCGCUUAAAGUACUGUAUCAUCUGUGUCAGGUUUUAGGACAGCGUGCACAGCCAGUGUAUUUUGAAAUCAAAGUCAUUUGGUGCUAGUAACCAUUGUUGUGCUGUAUAAAGUGAAUGCUGAGACUUGUCAUCACGGCUAAUGUGAAAGUGAAUGUCGCAUGGUGACUAACCUCAGCAAGGUCUUGAGGAAUCAGAACAUAUUAGUUGCAAAGGAGGGAGAGGAAGAGACAUGCGCCAGACCUGUGGCUUCACUCUCACUCAUAAAAAACCAGAAGUGUAUGUUGACUCACCCAUUCAAUACUGUAGCACCAUAGGAACAUGUAUCCUUUGAUAUGAGGAGAAUGGAGACUAAAGGAAAAAAACACACUUUUAUUCUCUCUGUACAUGCUAUAAGCUAAAUCACUGAUACUGUGUGCCAUUCUGACUUGCGCUUCACAGAAUUGCCAAACUGUACAGGAGAGGUGUUUAAAAGUGAAGUAAGACUCAUGGUACUGUAAGCUAUACUGAAAUAAUAGCCCUGUGCGACCACCAGUAUCAUAGAUGUGAUGGUAAAAGCCAUAGUUCAUUAAAUUCAGCAUGAAUUUCAAAUAAACUCAGGCUUUAUAUGUGUUUAUGGUGAGCCUAUAGAUAUUAGACUGAAAAAAUAAAAUAAUAAUAAUAAUAAUUUUCUUAAUAAGUAUGUUGUCAUUUGUCUUGUUUUGGAGGCAAAAUUGAUUAAGAUAUUAAGACUUGUUCAUAGAAUAUAUGUUGAAUUAUAUUUAUUUUUCUAUCCUCGUUGUUUUAAGCAAACAUUUAACAAACCUGGGUGAGGUUUAUGUUUAAAAUGGGAAAUAACAACUUAAUUGAAGAUUGAAUCUUGCUAUGUUACUCAAUUUUGCUUUUCUAGCAAAUGUAUCUUGUUUUAAGGAUGUUCAGAUAUUUUAACUGGAAAACAAGACAAAAAUGCUUCUUAAGAAAUGGAAAGGUUGCUUUUAGUUUGAGGUAAAUGUUCAUUUCAGCAGACCCCUUUACCCCGUUGUAUCCUGACAUUUCUGUUUUUUUACUUGAAUCCAAGGGUUUCUUUUCCAACACAAGGAUUAAAUAUGGCAGUUCAGUUGAUACUGCGGGUAAUAUAUAAGAUGACAGAACAGCUGGUUGUUGCUUUAAACCGAAGGCUGAGAUUAGUGCAUUCGGUAUGACCAUGUGUGUGUAUCUUCCCUCACUCUUGAAAGAAAAGAGAACAGUACUACAAAAGCACUACUGUAAGGGUAGAGUUGCAUUUCCCAUAGAGGUCUGUUUUUUUGCUUCCCCAUGUUGUGGGAAUUGUAUGUUACCUCUGAAUCUGAGCAUAAUGGUUUAAUGCGACUUUUAUGGAUUCUGAAAGGCUCUUUAUAAACAAAGUAUCUCUGAGGCUGGAGGGCAUGCAAAAUGUCUCAUGCAGAUAGCACAUGGAGAAAGCUGACAUGGGUGCACAAAGUUCAUGUUGCACUGUGAAUUAUGUACUUGUGACACAAACCCAAGGCUUGACCACGAGGGUUUAACGGAUAAAAUUAUUUGUAAAAAUGUGUAAAUAUGUACAUUUUAAGUGUGUGGACAAAAUUUAAUAAAGAUCACUCUUUUUAUUAUUUAA